CUCUCUCACAUGAUCUCUCACGCAAUCACAACAAACGACUACAAAGCUGUACAGACAAAUGUUGACAGUCACGUACACACUCUGUUCCCUCCAUUCCCUGAGGCUUUGGGCUGUGGCUUAUGAGUUCAACCUAUGUAGAAGCGAACUUUAACUUUUCUAACGUUAGUUUGUGUAUUUAUUUGUAUGCAGCGUGGCUAGUGUUCCUAUCUGAAUUGGUUUUUGUCGUGUCUUUGACGAUGCCUCGGGAAUCUCCGGAGGGGCAGCAACCGCUGCCGCUGGUCCGAUCUCUGGUUAGUCGGAUACCGGCCCAUGUGGUAUUCUGUAACCGCAGUCCGCGAAUCGUAAAGCCCGUCUGGAUCAACUUCCGCGGGGAGCCGCAGCCAUACGUAGAUAUUCAGCCGUACACCGGAAAAAGAAUGGAAACUUAUGUGGGACAUCCAUGGAUGUUUCGGGAUGCAGAAACUGAUGAUCCAAUGGUAGUCAAUAAUAAAGAGAUGUUUUUGCCACCCCACCUUGAAAAUGGACAAGUCUCAAUCGCCAACAUCACAUUGCCUGUGUUGACAUUGCGAGAUCGCUGUCUGCAAGUUGUGAGGCGGUUGGUUCGCAGAGAACAUAUCUGUCGGCUGGAGAUCGCCUGCUGCCUACAAGAUGACCUUGCUCAGAGAUCCAGCAUUCACGCCGAUCUACGACGCAUUAGCCAGCGAGUGGAACAGAAGUUACUGGAGAACAGAGAACAGCAAAACAGAUGAAAAUAUGAUUAAUAUGAGUGUGAAUGAGGGCAUAUUUACUGAGCAGACCCGUGCACCAGCACCAUAAAUGGAUAAUAUAGUCUGGAACUGUAAAAUACACAGUGUUGAUAAACCUCAGAUCAGGAGGAAUAUUUCUUAAGCAGACGGACGCUUUAAACAUGGGUAUUUUUAGGUUUCAGUGACAGGCACUGAGUCCACAGAAAGAACUUUAGAAAAUGCAGAUUUUGUGUAAUUGUCUAUAUGGUAGGCCUUGCAAUAUUUUUGGUUACAGUUCUCUGUAUACUUUUACUCUUUUAUCAGCUUCAUAUUUGGAAAUAUCUUUCUAACUAAAAGAAGUUUUUAUUAAUGUC